AUGACCUCCUCGACCACCUCCUCGACCCUGUCGCACAGCCUGCCCGCCCUUCCCUUUGCGAGCAAACUGAGUGAGCAGCUCUCCCAGCGGCAGGAACAGAGUGAUUCUGGCGCCGAGACGGAGACUGCAGGCGACAAGAACACCUCAUUCGGGCACCCACUGCGUCCCUCGCCGAAGUCCCGCUCUCUGUCCGACGCGGCCAAACCCGUUUCCUCGCCCGGAUCCAACGCCUCGGAUGAUAACCGACCGUCCAGCAAAGAUGACGCUUCCCUCUCGUCGACUCCGGAAACGCCGCAGCGGCUGUCCAUGUACGCGGGAGUUCCCUUGAAUCCGACGACGAGCCAUACGAAGCCCUCCGCUCCUUCUCCUUUGUCGAAUCGCACCCCGCUCUCGCCGAAGCUUGAUUCCUCCCAGAUCUACGGCUCGCCCGGAUCGGUGCUUCCUCGAAGAUCUAGGGGUCUGGACUUCUCGAGGGCCUGUACGAACCUUCACCAUUCGACGCUGGCCGAGUCCUCGCCUGAUUCCUCGCCCACGAUCGGCGGUCGGGGGAUGAACAUUCCUCCCCGCCGCGGCUCGAUCGGAUCGACGUCCGCCCCGUUCUCGACGUCCGGACCAGCGGAUAAGACAACUAUUUCGAGCUCAGUCUCGAGUGUGAAUAUGAUGGAGUCGGAUACCAGCAGCAGCGAGGAGGACGACGAGUCGAUGGAGAAGGAUGAUCUCAUGAUCACCAGUACCCCGCAGGCCAACAAGUUCGCCGGAGGCCCGAGUCCCUUUGCCGGUGGCAAUGUUCCCAGUCCCGGCAAUGACUGGAUGGGCGGAUAUUCGCAGGCGGCUGCCAGUCUGAUGAGCUUUCAGCGGGCUCGUUUCCGGAAGGGUCGCAGCAGACAUAGUUCUAGCAGUGCUAGUGGAAACAGCUCUAAACCGAGUCCCAGCCCGCACUCGCCGCCCGUGAUGAAAAGCAUCGAGAAUCAGAGCGGGGGAUACUUUGCCGCAAAGGCUGGGGUUGGUGCACGCCGCGAGAGCUUGAGUCUGGGAACUCGUGACCUGCGGUUGUCCGACCUGAGCGAUGACGAGAGUCGGACCCGGGGCCAUAGUCCGAGUACGCCUAGUACGGAGGGUGGACCGUUGGGUGUGAUUAGGCGUGCCGUGACGCGCCGGGGUAGUCUCCUGCCUAAAACCAAGACGUUUACUCGCAUCCGAGCCGCUCUCAUGGAAGAGACCGCUCCUAUCGAUAGUGAGGCGAAGCGUGAGUCGGAGGUGAUCCGCCAAGUUCGCGAGAGCGAACCUGAGAUUCCACAGAAGUCGCCCAGCUUGGAUGCUUUUGCGUCCGGCAACCCCUUCCAGCCCGCCGAACCGUUUCGGAGCGCUGGGGACACACCGGUUAAGUUGGGUACUUCUGCUCCGGACGAGCCUAGCUUCAGUGAGGAGGCGCAUCGGAAUUCUGCCGGCCAAGAGUUUUGGAACUCAUUCGACGAACGAUAUCGAACGCCCCCGCCGCCGCUACGCCGGCCCGGCACGUCCAUCUCGGAGGACGAUCAGGCCAUGGAUAUCACACCGUCGACGGCAGUGCGGUCUUCGGGUGCCGAGUUCGCGAAGCCGGGCGAGCGACCUAGCUCACGGUCCUCAACGCCUUUUGUACCCCAUUCCGGCACCAUCACCGAGUUCAAAAGAAAACGGCAACGUGAAGAUGAUUUCGAUACCAAUCUGUUCAAACGAAGGGCCGUAUCUCCCAGCAUGAGCGUUCAGAGUAGCCCGAUCAUGCCUAAUUCACCGGUUGUGAAGGAAACCGGGUCCAAUAUCUGGGGGCCGCCGCCCAAGUCGAAUCUCGGCUCUCUCUUCCCCGACUGUCCGCCGGAUACUCCUGGUCGUGGCAACUCCAAGCAUACCAACCACACAGGGACGCUGAAGCGGGUCGGGUUGCAGGGGAUGACAGAGACCAAUGACGGACUCAUGAACAUGAGUAUCGAGUGA